UUAGAUCACUGUCCUAAUAACCCCGCCCAUUAAUAAACAGUUAAAAUGGUUCCUGUACUAUCAUCAGUCAGUAAUGGUCCUUUGGUCUAUUUCUUCUUGUUCUCUCUUUAUCUGAUAUCAACCAGUAACUGUCAAUAUACGGAUUAUACAAAUGGUUAUAUUCCAUCAGUUCCUCCAUUAUCAGAUGAUGAUAUUAACUAUCCAACAGUUUCAACAAUAUCUUCUUCAAUGCCCCGCCCCCUCUCCUCAUCCCCCUCCUCCUCCCUCUCUCCUUAUAUCCCUCCUCCUCCCUCUUCCAUCAUCAACACACGGGGGGAUCUCCCCUCUGUUACUAUCACAACCAGUAGCGUCCCCCUCUCCCCUCCUAUUACCAGUACUAACUCUUCAACCAGUAGCAGUGGGUCCAGUGAUUCUCCUCCAUUAUCUUAUGUAUCAACUUCUUCAACUCAUUCACUAUCUUCUACUGCCCCGCCCACACUAAUUACCACCAGUAGUUAUUCAUCAGUUAACGCUACUGCUAGUAAGCUCCACCCAUCAAGUUCCAUGCCCACUUCCUCAUCAAGUGCCAUGCCCACUCUCCCUCCUCCCACUACUGGUACUACAGAGGGGGUACCUCCCACGGGACCACCAGAAGAGGAGGAGUCACUCACUAGUAUAUCAAUAUUUUUUAUAUUGGUCCUAUUAGGUUUGUCGGUGGUGAUGGUUCAUUUAUUAAUUAAAAUGGAGUUCCACUAUCUUCCAGAGAGUAUAGCCUUUGUCAUACUGGGGUUCCUUGUUGGUGGUGGUAUGUUUAUCUUUACUUAUUUCAUUGGUGGCCAUGACUACAGAGGUCAUGAAACACUCCACCCUCAGUUCUUCUUUCUUGUUCUUCUCCCUCCAAUAAUAUUUGAAUCAGGAUACUCACUACAUAAGGGUAAUUUCUUUCAGAAUUUAGGGUCCAUCGUUAUAUUUGCAGUACUGGGUACUGCCAUUAGUGCAGUGAUAGUGGGAGGGGGCCUGUAUCUAUUGGGAGUGAUGGGUGUCAUAUAUAAACUGGACCUCAUCCAAAGUUUCACUUUUGGUUCGUUGAUAUCAGCAGUUGAUCCAGUAGCUACACUGGCCAUAUUCCAUGCCCUUCAUGUAGACCCAACACUUAACAUGUUAGUCUUUGGAGAAUCAGUUCUUAAUGAUGCUGUCUCUAUUGUUCUUACUAAAACUAUAUUGAAUCAGUUACCUAAAGAUGAUCCAGUGGGCGGGGCUGAUGAUGUCACUGCCGCUAAGAUACUGGGUAACUCCUCCUGGGAAUUCUGUGUCAUGUCCUUUGGGUCGGCACUACUGGGCGUGGUCUUUGCUUUAUUCAGUGCACUGUUCUUAAAGUUGGUUAAUCUGAGGCGUCACCAGUCCCUUGAGUUCUGCAUGUGGGUUAUAUUUGCUUUUGCUCCUUAUUUCCUAGCGGAGGGACUCCACCUCUCCGGGAUAAUGGCUAUACUCUUCUGUGGUAUAGUAAUGUCUCAUUACACUCAUCACAACCUCUCUGCUGUCACUCAAAUCACUGUACAGCAAGCACUGAGGACUGUCUCCUUCAUGGCAGAGACUGGUGUGUUCCUGUACCUAGGACUAGCAGUAUUCACUAUUAAUAAAUACUUUGACCUGGCCCUCAUAAUAUGGAGUGUGGUACUGAUACUGGCAGGAAGAGCUGCUAAUAUAUUCCCAUUGACUGCUCUGGUCAACUGCUGCAGGUCUAUUAAGAUCAGCAUCAGGAUGCAGUGUAUCAUGUGGUACUCAGGUCUAAGAGGUGCAGUGGCAUUUGCACUAGCUGAGAACUUAAAAGAUUAUUUCAACAAAGAAGUGACAGGGUACAUAGUAACCACGACACUAGUGAUUGUACUGUUCACUAUUGUAAUACUGGGGGGAUCAACACUCCCGCUACUUAAGUUUUUAAAGGCAGAUGAAGGAGCUAAACUAACAUUAAGUAAAACAGAGGAACAGGAUACAGCUAUUAGUAUGUCCUCUCCAGUCAAUGAGAGGUUCAUGAUGUCUCCUCGUGUGUACAAUCGACUGAGGAACUGCUCACAAUGGUUCAUGUUUAUUGACUACAGGUAUAUUAGACCAUUUUUCAUCAGACGCUUCACAAAAGAGGAGGUGAAGGCCUCCCAGUUUGACAUGCAGCAGAAGACAGUUGAGUGGUACCAAGGACUGAGGAAUGACUCACUCUCUGAUCAUGAUGAGAUUCAUGAGACCACUGCUGGAGAAGAGGAGAGUACUGUAUCUACACUGCUAUCAUAAUAACUACUGCACUACCUCCUCAUUACAUGUAUCAGUAUCAGUAUUAUUAUUAUUAUUAUUAUUAUU